AUGGCAGAAGCCAGUAUCUCGUGGGCUGAGGAUCAGUUCAGCUGUUCAGUGUGUCUGGAUCUCCUGAAGGAGCCAGUGACGAUUCCCUGUGGACACAGUUACUGUAAGGGAUGCAUCACAGACUGCUGGAAUCAGGAAGAUCAGAGGGGGAUCUACAGAUGUCCUCAGUGCAGACAGACCUUCACUCCAAGACCAGUUUUAAGCAAAAAUGUGGUAUUUGCUGAAAUGGUGGAGAAACUGAAGAAUACAAGACUCCAAUCUGCUCCUGUUCCUCCUCCUGUUCCUGCUCGUCGUCGUCAUCAUCACACUGGACCUGGAGAUGUUCAGUGUGACUCCUGCACUGGAAUCAAACAGAAAGCAGUGAAAUCCUGUCUGGAGUGUCGAAGCUCUUACUGUCAAAAUCAUCUUGAACAGCAUGAGAGUCUCUUCAGAAGUAAAGGACACAAUCUGAUGGACGCCACUGGACAACUGCAGGAGAUGAUCUGCCCUCGACAUAAUAAAAUGCUGGAAAUUUACUGCUGGACUGAUAAAAAGUGUAUCUGUAUGCUGUGUUUGGUGGAUGAACACAAAAAUCAUGACACGGAAUCAACUGCAGCAGCAAGGCAAGAGAUACAGGAACAGAGAGAAAACCAGAAAAACAUCCAGCAGAGAGAGAAAGAUCUUCAGGAGCUGAGAGAGGCCAUGGAGUCUCAUAAGCGCUUUGCACAGACAGCAGUGGAGGACAGUGAGAGGAUCUUCACUGAACUCAUCCGCUCCAUUGAGAAACGUCGCUCUGAGGUGACACAGCGGAUCAGAGAUCAGGAAAGAGCUGCAGAGAGUCGAGCUGAAAAACAACUGGAGCGACUGGAGCAGAGGAUAGAUAAUAUGAAGAGAACAGACACUGAGCUGAAGCAGCUUUUUGAAACACAGGAUCAUAUUCAAUUCUUUCAGUUUUUGCAGUCUAUCUCUUUCUUUGACAUUGUCGCUCCUCAUCUGUCUUUUGACGAUGUAGAGAAGUCAAUCUCUCAACUCAGAGACAAACUGCUGCAUUUCUCCAGAGAAACUAUUGAAAAUAUGUACAGAAAAG